UUAUUUUUUUAGUACAAUUAUUUGACAGGCGAAAGAGAUUAUUUAGUAAAGGAUGUUGGCUAUCCGCCUACUUGCAUGGCAGCAGGAUUUGGAUAUUGGGCAGCUGGUAGUCAGCGUGGUGAUUUGACGUUGAAAGCGAUCAACAGUGACUACCUUGUCAAGAUCUCGACAGCACCUGGAUGCACUAUCAAUAAUGGACUUUGUUUCUCUAAUGUCAACGGUGCUAUCCGAUUGCUUGUCUCAAAUAACGAUGCCUCUAUUCGUGUAUUUUCUGUUCCAGAUCUCCAACUGAUCGACACACUCAAUUUUGCAACUGCCAUCAAUCACACCUCUGUCAGCCCUGAUGGAAGGAAAAUGAUAACAGUAGGCGACGAUAAUAGAGUCCAAUUGUUCAAUAUCACAUCUUCCGGCUAUUAUGAACUAGCAACCACCAUGGCAGUGUCUCGCGAUGCCAAUUUCUCUGUUGCUUGGAAUCAUACUUCGGAACGCUUUGCUGUUUCUAGUCAAGAUGGAUCUGUGCACGUAUGGGAUAUACGUAGCCACAACCCACUGGCAAAAUUCUCAGGCUUACAUCCGUCUAUCACCAAAGGAGCUGCACGUUGCGUUAAGUUUACUCAAACAGGCGCAGUGGAUCUACUUGCCUUCACAGAACAUGUUUCCCAUGUUCAUAUUGUGGAUGCACGUACAUUGAAUGGCCAACAAACGCUAAGAGUAGGAUCUUUAGGCUAUGAUACGCCUAUUACCGGUUUGUGCUUCUCCAAUGAUAGUCAAAAGAUGUUUGUUGGCAUGGAGACGGCUAUUUUGGAUUUCAAUAUUGAUACUGGAUCCCGUAGAAGAUUUGCCUGUGCCUCUCUUCUGUGAUAGGAUUUCUCAAAAGAAAAAAAAAAAAACAAAAAAACAACAACAACCCAUUUUAUUUAUUUGCUUUCACCUGUAAAUAUGGCACUCCACCCCUCUCUUUAUAAUAUAUAAAUUUUUGUACAUGUUUCGCUAAUUCUCUAAUGCAUUCUUACU